GAGUCUCCCCCCCCUCCAUCAACACAAUGUAGAACCCUAGCCCCAGACGAAACAAAUGCUAAUUGACUAUUCUUGUCAAUGAUAAAGCAUACCGGCAACAAUCAAUGAGAAUUUGAAAGGAUUACGGGGUUUAAUUUGUAGGGAACUGUGGGGUUUCAAUGAGUCUUCUAUUGAGGAAUUUUUGAACGGUGAUAAUUUACAGAUACUGAAAUUUUCAAGUUAAUAAAUUGAAAGUUACAAACAAAACCAUACUAUAUCUAGUCUAGUCUAGUCUACACAUGCACAGCCAUUCAUUGAAAGAAUCCUGGAAAAUGAUAGGAUCGACUACUCCUAUCAUUUUUCUUGUCAUUAUUAAUGGUUGCAGUGCAUCAGAGAUACAUUACAAGCAUUAAAGCGGCCAGGCCUACUGUGCAGCGUUUUUAUUGUUUUUAGAAUCAGUAAACGGGGACAUCUCGUACCAACCGUUCUGUGUGAAGGGAAAAUUAUAUAACGCUUCGUUGGGAGUGACUUCGCUAAGAAUAUUAAUGUCACUCUAUGUCCUCUGGAAUCCUGGGAUGGGACAACGGUAUUUCCCCCGUAUGCCCUGGCUUUCAAGCCUAGGCUUAAGCGCCUUUACUCGCUCUCUGAAACGAGAUCAAAAGUUAUGGUAUCCAGCCCUACCCAAAUAAAUAUUUACCCGUUAUAUUUGGAUGUUAUGAGUACAAAUAGAAAAACAAAUCAGAAAGAUCUCACCAUAUUGAUUCUGAUUGGGGCCUUGAGUGUUACGUUAGAUAAAAUAUUAGCCUAUUUUGAGCCCUUUGUGUUUCGUGUGCAAACCCCAAAUUCAAAUCCCAAACGUCGAACACAAACUCACUGGGAACACUCGCUUGAUAACGAAGGACAGGGGAAAAAUUUUCCUGUCAUCGUCCACUGAACGAACAGCAGCUACAUCCGCUUCGCCUCACUGCACACGAACAUCAGCAUCGACCGAACAGUGAAGAUAGUGGAGUUGCAUGCCGGAGUGCUGUAAAGUGUUGUCCGUCGAUAACAGUGAAAACCGUUCGGUGCGAGUGAAGUUGCAGGGCAUCACUCGGAGUGCAUGAAGAGUGCGUGAAUCAGAAGCCACCCACAACUUGAGCCCGUCAAUUGUCCGCUGCAAGGGACCAGCAUCCGCGAAAUAGCAAACUUCUGCAUCUCGAGAGCACACCACGAAAACCCGGCGUGGUUCCGAACAGAAAGUAAACCCGCGACGAGCAAGGCCAAGUGGCUACGGGGGCGAUCAUCGUGCAUCUUUGGACAACCGGACACGUGCAGAACUAUCACGGGAGGAACACCCGGGGAAUCUAGGCCAAAACUGUUCCCGGCGAGUGUGAAUGCGCAGGUGAGAGAAAUCUACCAGUGAUUCGGGGAAAAUACCAGCUUACGAAAUGAUAUCGUGUUUUUCAGCUUGGAAACGAGCGUAACCUUGUGCGACGGGUACAAUUUGAGUGCGUGGACGUUCUAAAUUGCGAUCCAAGCGACAGCGUCCGGCAGACAUCAUCGGAGAGACGACGACAGCACUGCCCCAGCGGUGCAACGAUUGGCAUUCUAGUUGCACGAUAGACGGAGCAAAGCAGCAUCAUCCCAAAUUGUGCGGAAAGCGGCACUGGAACCUGAUCAACUACGCUUCUUCGCAAAACAAUCUUGAAGAUUGGCGGAUCGUUCUCCGGGCAGCAUCGAGAGCUGGAUGUAGCUAGAAAAGCCUUCACGGAGAAGGCUUUUCUUCCACAGCCUAAAACUGCGUCAAAACGGCACGGCCGUGAGGAUCGAUUCACGCUGGUUCAGGGAAGGACGAGACACGAUCGCGACUGCACAUAUCGAGGCCGGCAGCGUCGAGCGCAAAGCAGGAGAGGAGACUGCACAGUGACCGGGAACACGAUUCCGGUUUCGCAGAACGGCCUGGAGGCGAGGCCAACGCAGCAGUGCGGAAGCGAGCUGGUGAGCACUUCGACAGAACCGCGAUGAUGCAGGUGCGUGAGGCGGAGCAAAGAAGAGCAGUUUCGGCGAAGAAGAUGGGUGCACCCGAGAAGAAAUCCGUGAGUACCGAAGAGAAAUGAAACAGAUGAGGAAGAAAGCAGAUAGAAGUAGGGAUUAGGAAGAAGGAAACAAAUGUUUGAAGGCAUGAGAAAUAAACGGUUUGUACACUAAAUUGCUAAUUUGUGGCGUAUGAAUGUUGCUAGCCGGUCCGAUCCUUGCCCAUUUUCACUCAGCAAGAUCGUAUCACAACAUUGGCGCCCAACAAAACGAACCAUUUUAGUUUGUGGUUUGUAGAUUUUAGAAUUUGUGUUCUGUUUGUGGCACAAUUCUGUUAUUUUGUAGCACAUUUGUAGAACCUACCACAUUUUUAGUUUUGUCUAGUUGGCUAAUUAAGACCUUUUGGAUCAUGGAUCCAGCAAGCCUGUUAGAAGAGGAGAUCAGUUACGAACUGGCCUUGCGCCACGUAAACAAUCUCGGAGCACUUCCUCGCAGGGCUAGAGCCGUUCGCUUGCGUGCUCUUAUGCAGGAAGAUGAGAUAAAAGGAAUACUUUACGACAAUUCCUCCCACGUUAUGGAUGUGGGGGACAAUAUCAGUCAAUGUCAAUCUCGCGUGCGCGAAUUAAUACCCGAAGUGGAAGCAGCAUUGAAGCGCGGUGAUCUCCCAGCAGUUCGUUUACUACGGUCGCGGUUAGUGCACUAUCGGGACAGACUAUCCAUCGUGGAUCCACCGGUAGCCUUCCUCGAUACACACGCAGCCGUGGCGCUGUUAGUGCAGUUUUCCCUGGAAGAUGUGGACGAUGCGCUAGGAAGAACGAAGAAAAGUGCCAGACCAGUGAACAGUGACAGUGCCAACAGAAGCAGCACCGGUGCAGUUCCAAAAGUGACUACGCAAUCUUCGACCGUGACUGAAGCAGACUUCCUAGGAUUCGACGAGAAUGGAAAUCCAGUCAACCAUUCGGGUACAUCGAAUCAAGCGUCCAUCAUCCACGCUGAGCGACAACAGCGACAUACAGCAUCUCCAGUGACCGAUCCAACAGCAGCUAGACCUCAACGCGACAGCUCAACACUCCACGACAACGAGAGAGGCGCUGCAUCAUUGGAAGCCAUGCGUACCACGCGAGGAAGAGGUUGGAGCGCGGUUGGUCAGCGAGUCGUCCCGAACAACAGGUUUGAAGCGCAGAAAAACUCCAGCUGGCGAGAACCAACAAUGGGCAGCACCAUUCCACCACCGCCAUAUGAACCGAUAAGAACCGAAGCGGGCGAAGCUGAUGCGAGAGGUGACUACAACCAACUGCGGGCCGAUCUACUGCGACAGCUGAACUACAGGCCGCAAGAACACGUUCCAAGACCGCUGUUAGAAGAAAGAAGAACGUUGAAGGCCAUCCAUAACUGGCCGUUCAGAUACAAAGGCGAGAAGGAUGGGUCGUCGCUGAACACCUUUCUGCAACGGGUGGAGAUUUUCGCUGCAUCGGAAGGAGUAACGGAGGAUGUGCUGCUGAGGAACGUCAAACAUCUGCUUCUGGACGACGCGCUCAACUGGUACAGCAGUGUCUACGUGUCGGGAGAGUUGGUAACCUGGGACGAUUUCAAGCGGCUGAUCAGGCAAGAAUUCUUGCCGGCGAGCUACGCCUACAUUCUGCGGGCCGAAGCAUACCACCGCUUGCAGGGCGAAGAAGAGCCGUUCUCCAAAUUCUACCAGGAUAUUUCCACUCUCUUCCAAUACGUGGAUCCUCCGGUGACUGAUCAAGAGAAGCUGUUCAUCAUCAAGAAGAACAUGAACUCCACGUACGCUCCGAUUGCCGCAUCACACCACUCCAUACGUCUGCUGGUGAAGGCGUGCAAGGAACUAGACGAACUCCGGAAGCUACAGCAUCAUCAGCGACGCAUCUCGCUACCGUAUGGGGCACUAAUUGAACCAGCGCUGGCUACACCGAACUCUUCGCUACGCUCAUCGAAGCCACAACAGCCGCUCCAAAGGUUUGGAAAGGUCCACGCUUUGGAAACGGAAAGCUUUCACAGCUAUGGAGAGAGCAGUGCGCAAACAGCCUACGGUGCAGAAGCAGAACAAGUGUCGCAGGACGAAGAAAAGAUGGAUCAGCGGAUGGAAGCCCUGUUACAGCAGGUGAAUGCGUUGAAGCUGAGAUUCGACCGUCGAGAAGCAGUAGGAAGACAGUCGCCCAACCAACAGUUCCCACAAAUGCCAGCGACCAAUCCUAACAAUCAUCGCCAAGUUCCUGAGGCAAACAACGCUCGCGAUCCACCGGCGGCGAUGAUUUGCUGGAACUGUGACGAAGGAGGACACCGGUUCAUGGACUGCGCCAAACCCCAGGCAGUACUGUUCUGCUAUCGCUGUGGACAAAAGGGAUUCUCGUUGCGAAGUUGCCCGACCUGUCUUCAACGCUCGGGAAACGCGCAAGCGGGGAGCCAGUAACAGAGGGUAGGACAUCCUCGCCUCAAUUCGACGAUCCCUCUACAAUUCCUGACCUAGUUCAGAUCAACUCACUGAUCAUCAACCCCGACAACGACAAUCGUCCGCACGCAGUGGUAGACAUACUCGGAAAACAAGUUACCGGAUUACUCGACAGCGGUGCCAACUGUUCGAUUCUAGGAGGCGACAACGUAAAGAUGG